AUGGACUGCGGCGGGGAAGUCGGCAAGACACCUAACGAGCCAACAUCCUUGGGCAGCUUAUGGCUAAUUGAGCUUGGACGAAGUUGAAGGAUGACGUGUCAAAUUCGCAACGACUGACGGCCGUUCCCGUCCUCAUACAAGGAGACCAGCAAUGCUGGGCAAUUAACUAACUACUAGGCGCUUCAUCUUAUCGUAUUUGAGACUGAAAUAGCAUGACCGCGAGGCCCCUGCCAGACUCUUGCCCCUAAUCUUUGCAAAUCUUGAAGCCGUGGAUCCCCCUCUCGGAAAACCCAAACCAAAAGAUCCGGAGGAGUUUUUUGAUUUGCAAACUCUCGAACUAACACCCGAGGAGCAGACGCUUUGCCUGCAGCGCUACGACAAAGCGGCAAAUGAGAGCUAAGUACAAGUAGGUCAGUAUCAAUAUUAAAGGACAGGUGGAAAAAGAUCUUCAGUUGUAUCUUCAACUUCGCUGCGGAUAAGACAAGAGAAUGUUUUUGAUUUUGACAUUAUGCAGAAGAUCGCUUUCGUACACGUAUUGUGUAAUACCUUGCAUGCUAACAGAUUGAUGAGUCAAUGAAUCACUUGAGUUGGCGUGCUUUAUCUAGUCAGUGUUUGAAUGAAGUCUGAUUUCUUCAGCAACCGCUGCAUCAGCUUGAGCUUGCUGCUCUAACGUCAGGACCGAGAAAGCCGACGCUUUUGGAUACCUUGGCGGGCAUUUGUUCAGUUGGGUGGUGAGCAUGUGCGCACAAAACUCGAUGUCAGGGAUUACAAGUUGCCCGACUUGGAUCUCGUAAUGACGGAAAGAGCACUAGAGCCGAUCCCGAUAGGUCCAGACUUUAAAGAAUAUCAUCAGAAGGCGGACGCUGAUGCGAGCCCGAUAGUACCUUCUUACAUUUUGAGUGACGGAGAUCGUCUACCUCGACUUCUGUUGUUCUUUAUCCUAUCAAAAAACGCACAGGUGGAAUGUAGUUCGUUGAUGGGCGCAAUUGCAAUUCUAAUUAGUCGCGACCUGCUUGUGCUUACUAGCGUGAAAUUAUAGCGAUACAUCAAGUAACCAACAUGAGUAUCAACAUUAAGUAAAUGAAAACUCGACUUUUUCUUUCUCGUCGUCAUCCUCACAGGUGGCGGCGGUGGCAAAGGACGCGGACAGUCUGGUUAGCACAUCUCCUACUCGUAUGAGUGACGCAGGAUCGCAGCAGACAGUAGCGAAAGCAGGCAGUGGGCCGUCAGCUGGAUCUGAUACAGGUCUGCUAGAUCGUCCCAGCCUGGAGGCACCGACGCCGGGUGCUGGAGGAUCGGCCUCCCCUGGAGGGAGUCUGCAUGUUGUACCUGCACCUGCCCCUGCUGAUGCUGUGCAGCCCGUACCUGAUGGAGCAACAAGUGGGUCCAAGGUUCCUCAGGCUGGCGCAGCGCGUUUACGGUCUUCGAGUGGAAGUGGAGUGCCAUCUGGGCCAAGAAAUGUAGAUUAAGGGUAGGUUAAGGGCGUUCACGUUACCGUUUGUUUUGCCGCUCUUAAAGGAGAGAGGCAUAACAAACGGGGUAAGCGAACACCAAACAAGACCUACCUCUAAGAUGAAAAUGCACGUCGAGAGCCGCGGCCGGCUCCUACAGCACUGCCAGGUGGAGCAUCACCAGCACCAGAAACACCAGCGACCGCGAAUCUUUUUGGUGGUGCAGAUGCGUCUGCAAGGACAGCAGCACAAUCCGCAGCCACGCAGACGGCUAACGUGGAUGCAACUGUCCAAAUUCAAGCACGACAAGCACCUCGUCCAUCCGCACCCGCAACAACGUCGAACGGACCUACUCGUGCCGUGGUGGAAACAAGUAGCAAUCUGAAUCUUUUUCAUAAUCGUGAUGUUGUUCAGAAACAAGCGGCUGCACCGUCCUCCACUCCACAAGUUUUUUCGCCGGAAAAUGCAGGUUUAGGGCCGUCGGCUUAUACUAGUGCAGAUUUAGAGCCGUCGGCUUCUACUAAUGCAGUUCUAGUAGGCCUAAAGCCAAGUACUCGUGCAGGUUUAGAGCCGCCGGCUCCUACAGCACUUGCAGGUGAUGAAGCAUCACCCAGCGCAACAGCGACAUCGACUGCAACUAGUACGCAUGUUUUGAAUGACGAAACUCAAGAACAAGUAGCAUCCACUGAGCGAGUAGGAGCAGUAGGAGAAGUACCGUCUCCCGAUCAUGAAGAAGCUAGCGCUUCUGGAGGGAAUGGAAACGCGAUGGCUUCUCGUGAUGGACCUCAGCCAGAUAUGGCAUUGUCGAGGACGGCAGAAACUAGAACUACUGAUGGUGCUGGGGCAACUAGAAAAGAGAAUGGGGGGGUGACGUCACCACUCACAUACGCAGCACCCCCGGUGACUCCUAGAAGUUCUGCACCACUCGACGACGCAGCGGCCCCGGGGACCCCGAGACAAGCCGCUGCAGCAGAGAAUAUUGCACCACCACGACUGGGAUCGUCCGCAGCAUUGUCCUCGACUGGAGGCGCAGCUACUCCUGGAGCAGACCUGCAUGCGGAUGAAAUGGCUAGCAAGAAUGACGAAAAAGUUCUAACUCAACGACAAGAGCAAGAGCAAGCAGUUAAGGCCUCCGCUAAUGGUCCAUUUUGUUAGAGAAAGACAUCCUGAGAGCGAGAGACGUUUUCAAGGAGAAAACGGCCUCAGGGUGGUCCGCAGGAUGGAUAAGGGUGAGCUCCAAAGGUGCCUCUGGUGCGGAUGCGGCAAAGGAAAGCAGCAAGACCACUGGAGAUGACGCAGACCUUCAUGCAGUAGCUGUAGCGAUUCCAGACCAGGGAGGAGCUUCUGAAGGAGAAGCCCCUGCUCUAGCGCGACCGACUGUCCUGGACAAGAAGAAAAAUAGAAGGAAAAGGGAUGUCGCUGGUUCUGAGGAACAAGAUAAAGAAGUUAAGAAAACUAAAACGAACGUUUAUACUUAAUACUUGUGAAAAAUGCAACUACAUUUGACUUGGAAUACAUAAUAUAAAUAAGCUUUUUUACCGUGUCGUCUAGGUUCUUGUUGUAGCUCCAUCUCGACGCUCUUCUAGAUACAGUCACAGACGACGAUGUUGAAAAACUUCGUCUAUCUCUUUUUGUACUUCUAAGAAAGAACAGGCGGCGUAUAUGGAAAUCACCGUUGUGGGGGUGCUCAUCUUAAUGGUAAUUGCGGUUGUAAUCCCGAUUGCGUUCGCCGUCUGGGUUUGUUUUUAAGGCUCAGUCCCAUGAUCUUCUUGAGAUAGUUAGUACAUUGUUUGACCUAGUCUACUCAGUCCCAUCUUCUUCAGCUAGGUACUAGUACGUUGGUGCUCAGUUCCAGCUAUCUUCUACGAUAGUUAGUACGUUUUGAAGCUGCUCUUGCUCAUGCUCUUUCGUUCUAGGAAAGGAGGAAUAGAACAACAUGAUCGUCAAAGUGUGGAGAGAGUCUCAAGGUAAGAUGACUAAGAAGAUGGAUCAGGGUGCUCAACAAUUCUAACAUUUGCUGUCGUCUUGUCCGAGCAGCUCUUCUACUCCCGCAGCCGCGGAUAAUGGGGAGGAAGAUUUUCUCAUCCCCCAACAGGAGGAGACGGUGACUGCAAAUGCUGCUUAUGAAUAACAUUGCAAAGCGAAACACAAUGCCGCCCAUAUUACUCAAAAAAGAAUUAGAAAAUAGUUAUACAAGAACUACUACUACCUGUAGUAUAUCAGGGAAGAGAUUGCUCCAGCUCCUCUUAUAUAAUCAAACCUCAUCAUCGUGAGCUCUAAUAGUGAUAUUUUUUAGGUGCUGCUGCUGCCGCGGACGUCGAUAAUAUCGCUUCAUCCUCGGUGCACCAUGACGGGGCCGGGGGAACUGCAGUCGUUGAUGCUAGCGCAGGCGGAGCAUUAUCGGGCAGCACAGAUGGACGGGCCGGAAACGCAGGUGGAGUUGUGGGGCCUUCAGCCUAUUAGACGACUCUAGAUGAAGAUGUCUAUUCUUGAAAUUAAAACUACUUUUUCGAGAAAGGUUGAUGUUACACUGACAACAUUAUGAAAGGUCCAACUUAAUAUACAUAGAUAAAAGGAAGAUGAAUAAGAACAAGUUGGUACUCAGACGACAGUAGCUAUUUUGUUUUUGCUCAGAGGACCCAUCUGCAUUUGCGAUAAUGAUCAACAACAACAAGAAGUGUAAUGAAAAUUGAUAGGGUGUAACUCGUAUUAACGAAACGAUACGAUUACGAUUUCAAGUACUACACGAAGGACCGUAAUAUUUGUUUUGCGAUGGAAAUGAUACAAUAUAGCGUGCUGUCUUGAACUGAGAACAAGAUUUUCGGAAAUAAAUAAGUAGAAUUUGUGAUCAUCAACAUCAUAAUGAGAUGACCAAGAGGACAGCUGCUUCAUCUUAGAUGAUACUUAUAUAUAAGAAGAAAGAGAAUGGCGUGUAAUACUAAUACGAAAGAUGAUCUUGAUUGAAACUGAAAAAGAAUAUGAUGAUGUGUCUGAUGGUGAUGAAGACGCGCAUUCUAGAUGAUGUAUGAUUGAAGACGACAGUCCGCAGUCUCCCCAACGAUAUACAACGCGACAGGAUGAUCCAGUUUCACCAGAUAAUUUAUUGCAGUUUCUUGUUGUCCCUGCCCCUGCGAAGACAUGACCACGUAGAACAAGGCGUGGGCUAAAAAUAUUUCCACAGGCAAUUAUUCUUCUGCUCUCUACUUUAUUUCCGCUUGAGAGGACCCUGCUGAAAAUCAGAGAUGAG